GGGGGCUUCAUCUUCAGGCAGCGAAGCGCUCCCUCGGCUGCUCCCAGUUGGCCGCUUGCAAGCAAUGGCGCAGAUAAGUUGAUCUGAGGACAGCAUGCUGCUGCAUUGGGCAGCAAUGUAAAAGGAAAGCACACUGAGUUUCCUGGGCCAUGGUUGAUGGGUCCAUAAAAGCACACCAUUGCACGAGGCAGUGUCACUAGCAUGGACGCUCAGAGCAUGGACGCUUAGAAGACGCGACAUAAAUAAGAGUCCUCACCAACAGUCGCUGAGGAGCUGAGGAGUCUAGAGAACUCAACUUCUUCAAGCUCCUUGCCCUAAAUCAUUGAAUACCAAGGAUAAUUGCAAGCGUGACCACUUAGGAGCGGGUCAAUCAGCAAGUGGUCAGCUGCCUGGUGGCUUGAGAUUGCGAGUGAACCAUGCCGCGCUAUGCGCAGCUGGUCAUUGGACCUGCUGGAAGUGGCAAGUCCACCUACUGCACCAACGUGCACCAACACUGCCAAAGUGUUGGCAGGGAGGUGUCUAUCAUCAACUUGGACCCAGCUGCUGAGCAUUUUGACUACCCAGUGGCGGUCGACAUCCGUGAGCUCAUCUCGCUGGAGGACGUGAUGGAGGAGCUGCAGCUGGGCCCCAACGGGGGGCUCGUCCACUGCAUGGAGUACCUGGAGGAAAACCUGGAGGUCUGGCUCGCCGACGAGCUCCAAAACUUUGCAGAAGACGACUACAUCAUCUUUGACUGCCCCGGCCAGAUUGAGCUCUACUCGCACGUGCCCGUGCUGCGCACCUUCGUGGACCAGCUGAAGCAGUGGGACUUCCGGAUAUGCGUCGUCUACCUUAUGGACUCGCAGUUUGCUGCUGACGUGCCCAAGUACAUCAGCGGCUGCCUGGCGUCGCUCUCGGCGAUGGUGCAACUAGAGGUGGCGCACGUGAACGUGCUGAGCAAGGUGGACCUGCUGCCGGACCGGCGCGAGCUGGACAGGUUCCUGGACCCGGACGUCCGCCUCCUGCUCGCGGACCUCAACCGCGACAUGCCGCCCCAGUUCAGCAAGCUUAACACGGCCAUCGCCGGCCUGCUCGACGACUGGAGCAUGGUCAACUUCUUACCCCUCGACAUCGCGGACGAAGAGAGCAUCCAGUACGUGCUGUCGCAUAUAGACAACUCGAUCCAAUACGGUGAGGACGCCGACGUGCGGAUAAGGGAUCACGAGCCAGGAGACGAUGAUGACGCUCCCGAUUGACCAUGUCCCGAAAUCGGAGCCUAUUCUUUUAGUAACACAAACUGGACGAAACAUCUGUCCUAUUGUGCGAUACCCUGGAGAUGCAUGGAUUGGAUGAUCAUGGGAUGCACGUGUACAAUCUGUGGGCAUGAUCCACAA